AUGUUCAACAAGGCCAAGGCUGAAUCGUCUUCUGCCACUGGACAGCGCACAGUUGGUACACCCAACAAUCACCAAAAAGAAGAGGAUACAAGCAUCGCAGUCGCAAUAUGUGGUGUUAGUCCCCUUCAAGUCUCUGACGCGUUCCAAGCUCCACGCUACAAGCCCGACCUGCCACCACACAUCUGUGACAAAAUCACCUCGAACGCUCCACAACUCUUGGAAUCGGUUCUACGCCAACGAUGGCCGGUCACAAGCAUUAACUUUUUUCCAUUCUGUGUACCCAGUCCAAAUUGCAGUGGUACAAAUGAGCCCGAUUGCGCCGUUGCAUUUGCCAAUCGGCUUGGUACAGGGUGGAUGCUGGCACUUCACUCCAACGUACUCGCAAUUCACUGUGCAGAUCUUCCACCCCUUCCCGGCUGUUCCCCUCCCGGACAGCUCCCGGUUACUAUCAUGAGUCUGGACGUGGACGUCAUAUCUCUCUGGAUGCUUCUCGCUAUUUUCACGUAUGUUUACAAUCACGAUCAGACACAGCUGUUCUCCGCGAUCUUUGGCCAUGUAUAUCCACCCUGGGAUCCCGUGCCUCUCUUCCCCCCUCGUCAGCAUAGAACAUCCACUCCUCCGCUUGCGAUCGACGAUGUUACCGUGGAGAACUACGCCCGAAUCCUCAGAAAACGCACUACCAGGAUGCAACGCCAAAUGAUUUUGAACAAUGUCAAAGGAUUCCACAAUACCUCUUGCGCACUUAAAAUCGUUGACACCGGGCUUCAUGACGUCGUCUUGAUUGCGACCCGGAUCGUCGGUAGAGUUGCUAACAUGGACCUUGCUGAUCCAGCCGGAUUGGAUGACCAGGAUGACCUAUACAAACAAAGUGUCCUACUUGGGUGA